AUGGCCUCGGUCUCACAUCGACACUGUCUCCCAUUGAUUGGCAUCUGCCUCUCCUCUGACCGACACUGUCUCGUCUCUGCCUUCGUGCCGGGAGGCAGUCUCGAUCGUUAUCUGAGGGCCAACGAGGGCCAGCUGAGCAGCCUGACAAUGCUAUCAUGGGCCGAGCAGAUUGCUGAUGGUAUGGCCUAUCUGGAGUACCGCGGCAUCAUACAUCGGUACGUGACGACUGUAUUGCUUACUGCCUAG